UCCCUGGCGAAGGUGCCGCAGUCUGUGAGUCGCUGGCAUGAUGUUGGGUUGGGUUUGGCCGGGCUCCCCGGCGAGCGGGCUCUGGGCCUCUUCUCCUCCCGCGUCCUCCUCCUCCUCGUCGGGGGUCUCCAUGUCGGAGGAGGAGGCGCUGGGCUCGCUGAAUGGGCGACUGGCGGGCUUCCUGGCGCGGGUGCGUGCGGAGGAGGAGCGGGGCCGGGCGCUGGAGGCGGAGGCGGCCGAGCUGAGGUCCCGCGGAGCCGGGCGGCGGGCCUUGGCCGAGCUCUUUGCCAGGGAGGCCUGCGACAUGCGCCAGGCUCUGGCCGACCAGCAAGCCGAGGCCCGCCGCCUGGUCCUGGAGCGCGCCCGCCUCCACGACGAGGCCGCCCAGCUCCGCGCCCGCCUGGACGAAGAGGCCAGCGCCAAGAGGGAGGCCCAAGCCCGCACCAGUGCCCUCGCUGCCGCCGCCCAGCAGAGCCGCACCGCCGCCCAGCAGCUCCUCCUCCACCACCGCGCUCUCGAGGAGGAACGGCAGGCCCGGCAAAGCCAGCACGAAGAGGCCCGGCGCCUCCUCCUCCAAGAGGCCAGGCUCCUCCUCCCGCAGGGCGGGGCCAAGCCGGACCACGCCCGCCCCGGAACAGGAACCGGCCUCAGCGCCGCCCUGCAUGAGCUCCGCGACCACGUGCUCAACGGCCACGCCCCCCAGGCCCAGCAGGAGCGACUCCGUGAGCGGCUGGACCAGCUGUCGGAGGUGUCCAAGGUCAGCAUGGAGGCAGUCUGCCGGGCCCAGGAGGAGGUGGCCAAGUCCCGCCGUGAGCUUCAAGCCCGGAGUACAGAGCUGGAAACCCUGCGUGGGAAGAAGGAGUCCCUGGAGAGGCAGCGCUUCCACCUGGAAGACCAGCAGCAAGGGGACAUCCAGGCCUACCAGGAAACCAUUGCUCAGUUGGAUGAUGAGCUCCAGAGUGCCAAAUGGGAAAUGGUGGCCCAGCUCCGCGAAUACCAGGAGCUGCUGAACGUCAAGAUGGCGCUAGAUAUCGAGAUUGCCGCUUACAGGAAGCUUCUAGAAGGAGAAGAGUGCCGCCUGGGAUCCGGAGGGGGUUACUUCCCAUUUCCGGAAGGCCUCCCAAAGGGUCUCAUCAAGGUCAAGAGCGAAGAGAAGAUCAAGCUGGUGGAGAAGUUGGAGAAGGAGACGGUGAUUGUGGAAGAGCAGACUGAUGAGAUCCAGGUGACAGAGGAAGUGACAGAGGUAGGAGGAGAAGAAGAAGCUGCUGCUGAGAUGCCACCAAAGAGGAUGGAGUCUCCGUCUAUGGAGGAAGCCGAACCGCCUUCAACGAAGACAGAGAUUAAGUCUCCGGAGAAACCAAAGGAUGAAGCCAAAUCCCCUCCCAAAGUGAAGUCCCCAACCAAAGAACCGAUGACUACCAAAUCUCCCAAGAAGGUGGCCUCUCCAACCAAAGAAGAAACCAAGUCUCCAACCAAGGAAGGAGAGAAGCCACCAACCAAGGCCCAGUCUCCAUCCAAGGAGGCCCCGAAGCCAAUGUCAGAGAUGUCUCCAUCCAGGGAGGAGAAGGCCAAGACACCACCGAAGGAGACCAAGGAGGAGAAAGUGCCUACAAAACCAGAGAGCAAAACGGGAGUAGCACCGGGACCUAAUGGUCUGAUCAAAGAGGUUGAGGAGCAGAAAGAGGAGGAGAAGGGUCAGAAGCCGCAAGCCAAGGCUGAGGAGAAGAAAGAGAAAAGUGAGGAGAACCAGAAGAAGGAACCCUCUGUUAAGGGUGAGGAGAAGAAAGAGAAGAAUGAGGAGAAUCAGAAGAAGGCCUCCAAACCAACAGAGAAGAAAGAGAAAAUAGAGGAGAAUCAGAAGAAUGGCACCAAAGCAGAAGAGAAGAAGGAGCUCUCUAUCAAAGUUGAGGAGAAGAAAGAGAAGAAUGGGGAGAACCAGAAGGCCACCAAACCAAUUCAGGAGAAAAAGGGGCCUUUAGCCAAGGUUGAAGGGAAAAAAGAGAAGAGUGAGGACAACCAGAGGGCCACCAAAUCAGAACCAUCAAUGGAGAAGAAGGAGCCUUCAGCCAAGGUUGAAAAGAAAAAGAAGGGUGAGGAAAAGAAAGAGAAGAGUGAGGAGAACCAGAAGAAGGCCUCCAAAGCAAUGGAGGAGAAGAAAGAGAAGAGUGAGAACAACCAGAAGAUCUCCAAACCAACAGAGAAGAAAGAGAAGAGCGAGGACAACCAGAAGAAAACCUCCAAACCAACAGAGGAAAAGAAAGAGAAGAGUGAGGAGAAUCAGAAGAAGACCUCCAAACCAAUGGAGGCGGAGCAAGAGAAGAAUGAGGACGACCAGAAGGCCUCCAAAGCAGAAGAGAAGAAGAAAGAUCCCUCUGUCAAGGUCAAGGAAAAGAAAGAAGACGACCAGAAAACCAGCAAACAAAUGGAGGAGAAAAAGGAACGUUCAGCCAAAGUUGAGGAGAAGAAAGAUAAGAGUGGGGAUGAGAAGGUCAUGGAACCAGAACCAUCAAUGAAGAAGAGCGAAGACAACCAGAAGGCCUCCAAGCCAACAGAGAAGGAGUCUUCAACCAAAGUUGAGAAGAAAGAAGACAACCAGAAGGCCUCCAAACCAAAAGAGGAGUCUUCCACCAAAGUUGAGAAGAAAGAUGACAACCAGAAGGCCUCCAAGCCCACGAAAGAAAUGGAGAAACCAACCAAAAAGUCACCAGAGUCCAAAGAGGCAAAGGCCAAGGAGGAGAAGAAAGAUGAAUCAAAGAAGUCACCGGAAAAACCCAGAAAGGAGACGAGCUCCAAGAAAGUGGAGAAGUCCUCUAAUACGGAGCGCAAAGGCCCCGAAAAGGCUAAUGGGAAAAACAAGAAUGAGAAGUGAGGGUCUCCUCAACAUGGAGGCAUCUUGUUCGGAGACUCGGGGUAAAUGUCCUAUUAGCAAUACGUUUAAUUAGAAUGAAAAUCCGAUGUUUAUGAUUGCUUCUGUAGCCGAAUGACGAUUAUAUGCAGAAUGCCACAUUUAAUUACGCACUUGAAUUAUAAUUACACAGGAGUGGGGAAAAUUAGGGUGAUACUUGACUUGAAUUAAGUGCAUUUAAUUCCCAUUGAUGGGUUGAAACGCAAUAAAAUGAAUGUUAGAAAAAAGAUAAAGAGGAUAGGUAGACUUUAGACAUGCCUUGUCUUCCAUGUUUUGCACACAAUUUCAUCCACAUUUUACGAGAAAAGCGAAUGAGUCGGUUCUGGAUAUUAUUAUUUGUAUGCUGCUUUUUUUCCUGUAAAAAGACUUCUAAUUUUAUGGGAAAAGCUAAACAAGUCAGUUCUGGGUAUUAUGUUGAUUUAUAUUUUUGUAUUCUAUUUAUUUACAUGAUUAUUGUCUGUUUAUUAACAUGUUGCUUUUUCUUUUUAUGAGAGACUUAUAGUGUUACGGGAAAAGCUAAACAAGCCAGUUCUGGGUAUUAUCAUUAUAUUACAGUAAUUUAUUGAUAUUAUAUUUAUUUAUGUAUUGUUAUUGUAUUAUGUUUAUUUAUAUGUUGCUUCUUUGAAGAGACUCAUAAUUUUACUGGGGGAAAGAAACAAACAAACCGGUUCUGCAUAUUAAUAUUAUAUAUUUUUAUAUAUAUUAUAUUUAUUUAUAUGCUGCUUUUAUGAGAGACUCGGAAUUUUACGGGAAAAGGCAGAACAAGUCAGUUCUGGCAUUAAUAUAUUUAUAUGCUGCUUUUUGAUGUUUGAAAAACUUGUCAUUAUAUGGGAAAAAGCUAAAUGAGCCAAAUCUGGGCAGUAUUUUAUUUAUUUAUUAUUGUAUUGUUUUUUUACAUGUUGCUUUUUUCUCUUGUAAGAGACUCAAAAAAUGGCUUUUAGACCCAAUUUGAAUGGAGCCACCCCCACUCAGCACUUUAGAAAAAGCUCCAUUUAAGUUUGGACUAAAAUUCGGAGUGGGUUUUGAUCCCCGGUUUAAAAAAAAAAAAAAGCUCUCAGGGAAAAUUAAAUAUUUGAGAAGGGGGAACAGAUACCGGAUUGUUUGGAACAUCAUGGCCACUGCCAUUUUGUCACCUGCAUUUACACAUGAAACAGAUUUAAGAAAUGCACUAUUUGCCAUCCUGACUGUUUCACACACUCACCCGGUUUGCUUCUGUGCAAUAAUAAAAUAAAAAUGCUGAACGAGAA